CCUCGCGAAGCAUCCAUGGCAUUGGCUGGCCGGUAGUGGGAGGCUGCGUGCCAGUCUCAGCGUGAUCGUGUGACAGCUCUGCCGCCAGGUACUUGUCCAACAUGAGUUCGGGUCAGGAUGCGAAGCUCUUUGCUAGGGGCAAAGUCGCCGAGCUGCGCCUCGAGCUUAAUCAGUCCGCAGGGAAGAAGGACAAGAAUUUCAGCGCGAAGAAGAUCGCGAUGAAGAAGAUCGUGGCGAACAUGACGAUGAGCAACAACGACAUGGUUGCGCUCUUCCCGGAUAUCAUAGGGGUCAUGGGUGUGGGAAGCAUCGAGGUCAAGAAGAUGUGCUUUCUGUACCUGGUCAACUACGCGCGUGCGAAGCCAGAGGUUGCGCUUAAAGCGCUACCCAUCUUACUCAACGACCUGGAAGACUCGAACCCGCUCAUGCGUGCGCUCGCGUUGCGCACACUCUCCUACGUUCACGUCCGGCAAUUCGUCGAGUCUACCCUCGCCCCGCUGAAGACGCUGCUGAAAGAUCCGGACCCGUAUGUGCGCAAGACGGCCGCUUUCUGCGUGGCGAAGCUUUACGAUCACGACAAACAACUCGUUGAGAGCAGCGAUCUUAUCGAUAGACUGAACUUAAUGCUGCGAGAUGAGAACCCAACCGUAGUCUCCUCCGCACUCGCAGCGCUAAUGGACAUCUGGGAGCGAAGCGAAAGUAUCAAGCUUACAAUCGACUACGCGAAUGCCAGCAAGAUUGUUCAAAUCCUACCGGAUUGCUCAGAAUGGGGCCAGACGUACAUUCUCGAGGCGCUUACUUCUUACGUACCACAAGACACGUCGGAAGCAGCGCUCUUAGCAGACCGAAUAACGCCACGCCUAUCGCAUACCAACUCCGCCGUGGUGUUGACGUGCAUACGGGUCAUUCUGUAUUUGAUGAAUUACAUCGACGAUCAGAAAGUCAUAUCAUCACUGUGUAGCAAGCUCAGCCCACCGCUUGUGACGUUACUGAGCAAAGGCCCGGAGAUACAAUAUCUCGCGCUACGAAAUGCUCUCUUGAUACUGCAACGAAGACCGGACGUACUGCGGAACGACAUUAGAGUCUUCUUCUGCAAGUACAACGACCCGAUCUACGUCAAAGUCACGAAGUUGGAGUUGAUCUUCAUGCUGGCAUCGGAACGGAACAUCCGGGAAGUGUUGACCGAACUGCGAGAGUACGCCACGGAGAUCGACGUCCAUUUCGUGCGUAAGUCUGUGCGAGCUAUUGGCAAGCUGGCCAUCAAGAUUGAGCCGGCAGCCAAGCUGUGCAUCACCACGCUUUUGGAGUUGGUUGCUACAAAGGUGAGCUACAUUGUGCAAGAAGCGACGGUGGUCAUCAAGAACAUCUUCCGAAAGUACCCGAACCAGUACGAGUCCAUCAUCUCUACCCUCUGCGAGAACCUGGAUAGCCUAGAUGAGCCGGAAGCGAAGGCGGCGAUGAUCUGGGUUAUCGGGCAGUAUGCAGACCGCAUCGACAACUCAGAGACCCUCCUCGAAGAUUUCCUCGAUAGCUGGGCAGACGAGACGCAUGAAGUGCAGCUGGCACUUCUAACAGCGACAGUAAAGCUGUUCAUUCAGCGGCCAACCAAGGGCCAGGAACUAGUCCCGAAAGUCCUGAAGUGGGCGACGGAAGAAACAGACAACCCAGAUCUACGGGAUCGAGGUUACAUGUACUGGCGCCUCCUCAGCAGCAACCCCACGGCCGCCAAGGGCAUCGUGAUGGGCGAAAAGCCAGCCAUUACCGCCGAAAGCGAGAAACUCGACCCCGUCACCCUGGAGGAAAUGUGUCUCGUCGUCGGCACCCUCGCCACAGUGUAUCUUAAGCCGGUGCACACGGUCUUCCGCUCCGCGCGGCCUAGGAGAUUACAAGAGAGUCCCGCGCUGCAGAAGCAUACCCUGCCGAGUUGGCAGGCGGCGCAGCAGGCGAAGCUGUUGACGGAUCAGCAAAAGGCUAUGAUGGUGGCCCAGACCAAUGGCGCGGCGAAUGGGCAUGUGCUUGAUGAGGCUGAUGCGCUGUUUGCUUCUAUGGGUGGGCGUGAGAUGAUGCAGGAUGAUUUCGGCCCGUCGUCAUCGUCGGCGAUGCAUGGGGAGCAAGGGUCCAUGUAUGUUGUCAAUCAGGGGCAAGGGUUAGGACAGGUGCAGCCGACGAUGCAUGUGCAGAAUGGGGAUGGGGAUUUGUUGUCGUUUUAGAUAAUGUGUCUCCGUUAGUAACGCGAUGUCCUAACGAUAUCCAUUCCUCUUGUUGCC